AUUCGCAAUGUCUGGCCCAUAUCAAAUAUUCUAGCCCAUUCAGGUUUUUUUUUUCUUAAUUUGAAUCACUAUAGGUGACCGAAAAGAAAAUUCGUUAGCAUUUUCAUUUUCUGCUGGAAAGGAGAGGAAAAAGAAGGCGAAUAAAAAAAAAAGACAGAAAAUUGAAUCGAACAUUGAUGCUUUCCCUUCCCUUUCUUCUAGCUCCAAUUCGUAUCUUUCUCUGCAAUUUCUCUAUUUUUAACCAUUUUUUAGCUGCAAAGCGAAACAAAGCAUAAAGCCGAAAGGCAGGGAAAGGAGAAGGGAAGCCAUGAUAACGCGAUCGAAUUUAGCAGAGCAGUUGAGAGAGUAUCAGAUUCGAUCUAAGCACGAUUGGGCCUCCGUUUCGUUUUUCUCAUCGACGUCUAAUCUCACGUCUUCUAGGGUGGAUGUUGUGGUUUUUGUUAUAUGGGAACUCGUUAUUUUAGCAUUCCUGGUUUUUUCAGCUGUUUCUUUAUAUUUGAGGCAUAUGCAACUUGCCUUUAUCCUGGUAUGCAUCACAAUGGUGUUGCUUCUCUGCAUGAAAAUCACAAAGCAAGUGAGAUUGGCUAGGAAAAAGAAAAGAAGGAUGCUUCUUCCAUUAUCUAUGUAGAACUACAUGAAUCUUGAAUUUGCUUAAAAGGCACCAACUUUUUCAUGUAAAUUAGAAAUUUAUUGAUCAUUGCAUUUGACCCAUGCUUGCUCUGGUCUAUUGAAAUAUGUGAUUGUGGCUGAAGCAAGCUGAUGAAGGUAUAUGAUUUGAUACAAUCACCUCAAAACUCGGUGAACCAUGGCAAGUCUAAUGAUUUGAGAUGGAAAGUUGGGAUGUUCUAAUUGAAUUUGCAGCAGUUAGUUUCAAGGCUAUGAGAAACUAUAUUGUAAUUCUAAUCCAGGUGGGAAUGUAGUGCGCAAUAUUUGCUUUAUUUUGUAAUUUGUUUGGAUUUGGUUGUAGUUUAAAAGACAUCAGAGGAUAGAAAUGGAAGCUGUGAGUGAUUGAAACAUUUUUGCUUGUAUGAUGUACCCACACAGUUGAUUUGCAACAGAUCAAUACUAUACACGAUUUA